AUGAGCUCUAACGUUCGUACAGAUUGUUUCUUCAAUCUUUCCACUGAAGAAAGAAUAGAUCUCUUCAAGCGCCGGCAGGGUCUUCGCAUCGACAAUGUGUUUCGGACUUACUUCGGUUGGAUGGUUCUACCGCUAGCACUUAUUGGUGCCAUACUUGUCUCCUUGUUUAUCGUUACAGUCUAUCAGGCUAUAAAAGCUCGCCGUGUCAGUCGAAAAUGCUACAUCUUACUACUGAAUCGGGCCAUCGGAGAUCUUAUCAGCUGCCUUGUGGCACUAGUUGUUUGCGGAUACGUGCUGCUUUGGCACGAGAUAAAUCGCGACAUGGUAAUUCUCAUGGAGUCGUUCUUCAUGGGUUCUUUCUGGUCCGCAAUGGUUUCCUACGUGGCACUCUCAGUUUUAAAGCUGUUCGCUGUGUGGAGGCCUUUCCAUUAUCGGAAGUGGUUCACUAUGAAGCGCUGCAUCAAUCUUAUAGUAUUCAGCUGGGUGGUAUUUAUACUCAUGAUCAGCUACACUGUGGGUAUAUCGGCUCUCGUCAAGAUUCCUGCUCUCAAUGAAUGGUCUGGAUGUAAAAUGGAGACGUGCCUGAGAGCAAUGUACAGAUCCCGAAACGUUGUUACCGUUGGUGUCUACAUCUUCACCUUAGUAGUUUUUGUUAUAACAGUUUUGUUGAUACGACGUGCCCAAAAAUUCGUCGACUCUUUUAAAAAGAGGGAUUCCACUAACUCAGAAGGUGGACGUCGGGUUCGAUUUCCGCUCUGGAAACUCGCGCUUAAUGUUGCAACAUUUGCUGGCCUUUAUCUCUUUUACGUCAUUUGGUGCAUUGGCUUGCUUUUAAACAAGGAUCAAUGUUUCUUCCAACGUAACUAUCCUGAAAUGAUGAGAUUAUUGGCCUUCGUUCGAUGCUCGCUACUGGUCCGAAUUCUCGUAGAUCCUAUUCUCUCUUUCAUAACUGACUUCCAGAUUCGCCGCGGCUUUCUUGUCUUACUCGGAAUUCAUCGCAAACUUACAUUCACCUCGUCGAGAAUCUUCCAAAAAUCCACAUGUUCCGAUGUUUCUACUGCAGACAAUAAUGCGAUUGAACAAACUUCGCGUAGUCAUACUGUAUCAACUGUUUCCUGUCCAACAGCUAUGAAGUUCUAA